AGCCCUAUUGUUGCUUCUCAAAAUUGGAUAAAUAUUGUUUUUAAAUUGCUAAAAGUUAUUGAAUUUAAAAUAAAACGUAAUAAUUUAAAUAUUAUCAAUGUGAACAUGGUGAAGCGUUGUUCAGCUAAAAAUUGUUAUAAUUCUCAAUUGACUCAUAAAAUAGCAUAUUUCGGAUAUCCAAAGAAUGAAAUAGCAGCACGGAAAUGGGCGAAACUAGCAGGAAGAGAGGACAUCUUAAACAAGAAGUUAGAUAAUAUUACAAAGUAUUACCUUUGCAGUGAUCAUUUCUCAAGCGACGCAUUCAGCAAUCCUGAGACGGAAGACAAAUCAUAUCUUAGACUCAACAAAACUUUUUCGAUUCCAAUUCCGACUAUUUUUAAAGAUAAUUUAAUGGAGAAUGUUAAAAGUGUAGUUGAGCAUCCUGAAAAGUUUCAAAAAUACUCAAGAAACACUGCUGGCGAUAAAACGAUUAAAAGCAUAAAAAGAUCAAAUCGAACAUCUUCUCUUAAGAAAAGUUCAACAACUCCAGAAAAACUGAAAUUUAAUUAUAAUGUUGGAGAAAAAAAACCACAGGAACUUACAUUUGAAGAAGAAGUUGUAGAAGAAUAUUUAGAUUAUACAUAUGAAGAGAUUGACAUAAAGAGAGAAGACAGCGAUGAAUCCUACUGUCGAUUAUGUGCAAAGAAUGUCAAUAAUCUCACUUUAAUUUUUCAAGAUGAUGGCGAUUUCUAUCCAUGUACCGACUGUUUAAGACUUUUGCCAAUGAUUCAAAAAGAUGAUGGACUCCCUCAAUAUGUGUGUAUGGAAUGUCUAGAAAAAUUACAAAGUUGUGCUGACACCUUAAAUGGUUUUGUAUUAAAUCAAAAUUUAUUUUGUGUCUGA